CGGUGGAGGCCCGAAUCCAGCCAAUUCUGCAGAUAAGAAGCCACAGAGACAGAUUGAGAGAGAGAGGGAGAGUCCCCCGACACAAUUAUAUACAAAAGCAAACACCCACUUUACUUUUAACACUUCAAUCGAGUUCCGUGUCCCGACGCUCCGCCUGGCGCCGCCGCCACCUGCAAAACACAGAAUCAUGUUCGUCCACGGAAACACCAACGGCAGCCUCAAUGCGGCGGAGGACCCCGAAUCCAUCACCGCCCCGUUAAUCUCGCGCCAGCGAUCCGCCCCGAACUCCACGUCGCAGGUGGCUCUGGUGGGCGCCAAUGUCUGCCCGAUCGAGAGCCUCGAUUACGAGAUUCUCGAGAACGAGUGCUUCAAGCAGGACUGGCGGAGCCGCGGGAAGGUCCACGCGUUCCAGUACCUAUUCAUGAAGUGGGUCUCGUGUUUCCUCAUCGGCAUCGUUGUCGGACUCAUCGGAUUCUGCAACAACCUCGCUGUCGAAAACAUCGCCGGAAUUAAGUUCGUUGUCACUUCCAACAUGAUGUUGCAGCGCAGGUUUUGGCUGGCUUUUGCUGUCUUCUUCUUCUCGAAUUUUGGUCUCACUCUGUUUGCGGUUGUGAUCACGGCUUUGGUGGCGCCGGCCGCCGCGGGCUCCGGUAUACCGGAGGUGAAGGCUUACCUGAACGGCGUCGAUGCGCCCAGAAUAUUUUCCAUUAAGACUUUGUUUGUUAAGAUUGUUGGUAGUGUUACUGCGGUGUCAUCGUCUCUUCUUAUCGGAAAGGCAGGGCCCAUGGUGCAUACCGGUGCAUGUGUUGCAUCAUUGGUGGGUCAGGGAGGAUCGAAGAAGUAUGGCUUGACAUGGAAAUGGCUGCGAUACUUCAAGAAUGAUCGUGACCGUAGGGAUCUUGUAACGUGUGGAGCAGCUGCUGGAAUUGCUGCCUCUUUCCGUUCCCCUGUCGGUGGUGUACUCUUUGCUUUUGAAGAAAUGGCAUCUUGGUGGAGAAGUGCACUUCUGUGGAGAGCUUUCUUUACAACUGCUCUAAUCGCGAUUGUGCUUCGAGCUCUGAUUGAUGUUUGCUACAGCGGAAAAUGUGGGCUAUUUGGUACUGGGGGGCUGAUAAUGUUUGAUGUUUAUUCAGCUAGUAUAUCAUAUCACAUUACCGAUGUGCCUCCCGUGCUCCUCCUUGGCUUUGUAGGCGGCAUAUUGGGCAGCCUUUACAAUUCUCUAUUAACAAGAGUUCUCCGAGUAUACAAUAUCAUCCAUGAGAGAGGUGUCAUGUAUAAAAUUCUUAUAGCUUGCACAAUCUCCGUUUUCACAUCUUGUCUUCUCUUUGGAUUACCAUGGCUUGCAUCUUGUCGACCUUGCCCACCUCAUGCAGCAGAAGCCUGCCCUACAAUUGGACGGUCUGGUAACUACAAGAAGUUUCAGUGCCCUCCUGGUCAUUAUAAUGACCUUGCCAGCCUCAUAUUUAACACAAAUGAUGAUGCUAUUAGAAACCUCUUCAGCAAGAACACUGAUUCUGAGUUUCAAUAUUCCUCAAUUAUCAUAUUCUUCGUCACCUGUUUUUUCUUAAGUAUCUUCAGCUACGGGGUUGUUGUGCCAGCUGGUCUUUUCGUACCUGUUAUUGUGACUGGUGCAUCUUAUGGUCGUUUUGUCGGAAUGCUAGUUGGCAAACACUCGAAUCUCAAUCAUGGUCUAUAUGCUGUGUUGGGUGCUGCUUCUUUUCUUGGUGGAACCAUGAGGAUGACGGUCUCGCUGUGUGUAAUUAUACUGGAAUUGACCAAUAAUCUGUUAUUGUUGCCAUUAAUAAUGGUGGUUCUUCUUGUUUCCAAGACAACGGCGGAUGCUUUCAAUGGUAAUAUAUAUGAUCUUAUUAUGAAAGCAAAGGGUCUUCCCUAUCUGGAAAGUCAUGUUGAACCGUACAUGAGGCAGCUGACAGUAGCGGAUGUAGUAAUAGGGCCACUUCAACUCUUUCAAGGCAUUGAGAAGGUUGGUAACAUAGUACAUGUCCUCCGGACUACAGGGCAUAACGGGUUCCCUGUGAUCGAUGAGCCUCCAUUGUCUGAAACCCCCGUUUUGUAUGGUUUAGUCCUCCGCACCCAUCUUAUUGAAUUGUUGAAGAAGAAAGCAUUCGUGUCCACCCCAGUUCGGACGAGCACCAAUUCUUUUAAACUCUUCUCAUCGGUGGAUUUUGCCAAGAGGGGUUCAGGCAACGGUGACAAGAUAGAAGACAUAGAAUUGACUGAGGAAGAGAAGGAAAUGUUCAUCGACUUGCAUCCCUUCACUAAUGCUUCACCUUAUACUGUUGUGGAGACAAUGUCACUAGCAAAGGCGCUCACACUUUUCCGAGAAGUUGGCUUAAGGCACCUUCUAGUGAUACCCAAGUUGUCCAAUAGAUCUCCCGUGGUGGGUAUAUUGACAAGGCACGACUUCAUGCCAGAACAUAUACUGAGCUUACACCCUAUGCUGGUAAGGAGCAGGUGGAAAAGAUUAAGAUUCCGGCUGCCACCUCCGUCUAAACUCUUUUAGGCCUUUUCAGCCUAGCACAGAAGAAGAAGGUCUUGUAAAUGAUCUUCACUCGAGGUUAUGAAAUCACGACAAGUCCGGUAUCUCAUCAUUUUUCGACUUCUUCAGUCGCUCCAGAGUAGAGGGCAGUAGUUUAUAUUGUCGGAAUACAUAGUAUAGUUCCGUUAGAUACCAUGAUAAACCUGGAAAGGUGGUAAUUUUGGCUGUCUGAUGAAAGUAUUUGUACGGUAAUACGCAGCCGUAGAGAAAGAAACGAAGACGGUAAAAUACUAUACUUUAGUUUCCUUCUCUUCCA